AUGUUACCGAAUCCACUUUUCCAGGUUCCAGCGAGGGUAUCCUCGCUGAUGACAAGAACACGACAAGACGAGCUUAAUACGUACCAGGCGCGGUCAGUUAGUUCGGCGUCAAGGCUUUCAGAAAUAUCUCAAACGUGUAUUGAGUCAACGGUAUCGGAUUUUCUGUCGGAAAAGAUUCUCCAACUAGAGAACCAAUCGCUUUACAUUUGCAGCAUUAAAGAAGGCCUAGAUGAAGCGAACCUCGCUAAUGCCAUUGAUGACCAAGAAUACCGCACUCAUUUGAAUCCUCUUAUUAGCAAGUUGCGAUCAACUAGUUCAACCCUUUUUGUGUUAAAGCGUCAACGAAAUAUUCUCGAAGAAGACUUCACUGAUACGCUCGCGUUAGAGAAACGCCCGCGCGUGGUAGGGCCACCUAACGAAGACCUGCUCGAAAGAGCGUAUAGAGACACAAUUCUCCCACGCGUCAUGAAAGCGUCUGGUAAGCAAAAAGCCCAACACUUUAAUGCAGCCCAGUUCAAAGAUGAGGUUAAGCGCUACUACGGCAUCGAAAAUGAUAUCUCUUGGUGCCAUAUUCUUGGGAUGUACCUAUCACCUCCACUGGUCAAAGCGGCCCACAUUGUUCCGAAGAGUAUGUCCCGGGAAGAAUUGGCCCAUCUAUUCGGAGAUCAAGAUGCCGUGACUACUCUUCCGCAAAAUUCACUUUCAUUGCACCACGUUGUUGAGGGCCUUCUAGAUAGCGGUGAUAUUGCAGUAAUCCCUAUUCCUGGAAAAAUGACCACUCCAACGACUUGGAAAUGUGUUGUACUUGAUCAAUCCGUGAAGAAAUUGAACAAUAUCGUUUAUACAUAUGUUUCUGAACCAGAGAAUAUCAAAAGACACAUCCGUGUCAAAGACCUCGACGAAAGGGAGCUCAAAUUCCUCAACGACAAUCGCCCCCGUCGUCGGUAUCUAUAUUUUCGAUUUAUUGUCUCAUAUCUAUGGGCAAAGCGCCAGAAUAGCGUCGUCGGCCACCAUGUAGAGGCUAAAAAGUUUUGGCCCUCAGGUGGCGCAUAUUUACAAAGGUCAACUCUGCAAUCACUCGCUCGCUGUGUCUCUGGCUCGGAGAUUCCAAGCCACCUCAUUUCAAACCAAACCUUUGAGCUACCAAAGGAUCCUGGUCGGGAUACCCAAGCCGGUAUGAUCUUGGCCGCUGAUAUUAGGGAUCUAGGGGAGCGGGGUUACGACAACUCCAGCCUCAUGGAGGCUGUAACUGACAUAAUCAUGGAUCAUUACUGA